AUGAAGAUUUCCAACUCUUUCGUGCUUGUGCUUGCCCCCUGUGUGGCGGCAUUCCCUCAUUAUGCGGCGAUCGCGGAUGCUUCGGCCUCAACCGUGAAGGCCAAAAACUGUUACAAAGGCACUCUGUCUCCCAAGCAUUUCACGUGGAAGGCUCCUGGGGAAGUUGACCUCCGCGCCCCUUGCCCUGUCAUGAACACACUCGCUAACCACGGCUUCGUUCCCCAUGAUGGUCGAAACAUCACUCGCCAACCGUUCAUCAAAGCAUGUGGAGAAGCACUCAACAUAUCUCCUGAAUUCGCAGAAGGGAUCUUCAAGACCGGCGUGCCAUCCAACCCGAUCCCUAACGCCACGUUCUUCGACCUGGACAUGCUCCAUAAGACGCACGGCUUUAUCGAACAUGACGGAAGCUUGUCCCGCAAGGACAUCUUCUUCGACCCCUCCAACCGGUUUGACCCCGACACGUUUGACAACCUCAUGAGUUACUUCGGUGAUUCCGACAAAAUCGAUAUUCCUUCUCUUGCAAAUGCCCGUGCAAGGCAAGCAUUCGACAUGAGCUUGAUUAAUCCCGAGUUCGUGAUCACCCAGGAAUCUAUCCCCGUUAUCGUUGGAGAAAAUGCUAUGCUGCUUGAAAUCUUCGGCAACCCUCCCGAGAACCCGGUUGCUAGGCGUAACGAACGGUUCCCCGUUGCAAUUGGGUGGGCUCCUCCCUCAGUUGCUAUAGGACCUUCUGUCGGUGCUGUAGUCGAAGCUAUUAUUGCUCAAAGCCCAUCUGAUGUACCCCUGACAUUCAGCCCCAAGUCUACAUAA